AUGACGUUGGUGCUCCAAUCCCAACCUAGCAUUGUGGUUUCUGCCAUUGCAUUUCUUCUCUCGAGUGGACAAUGGGAUGAAUCCAUUGAGUAUGCUAGAAAACAAGAUGAUGCAUCAUCCAUGAGCGAUGAAGAGCUUGCAGAAGUAGUCCGUGCCUUCGGCUUGUUAGUUCAGGAAGAGUCUGCCCUUCUCGUCAAGGGAGGCGUUGAAGACUCCGACACAGAUAAUCAAGGAUGGAAAGCGUACGAGACCAAGAGGGAGAUUGGAAAUAUAAUUCUUGAAGUUACUAAAAAGGUGGGGUAG